AUGGAUAACGUCAGGAUAGACGCCGGCACAGCAGCUCUGUUCUUCCUGGCGUGCUUCAGUAUGGUUGAGCCUGCUCCAGCACCACCAGACAUUGAAUGCAUCUGCAACCUGGAACGUGACGUUAACCACUGUAGCGUGGUGCCAUCUUUGGAUAAGAUGGUCGUUGCUGCACCGGAUGAAUGUAGCAUCGCAUGGACCUGCACGGAAAUAGAAUGCGGAUUCUACAACCCUGGUUCAAAGCCGGAGUUCCUUGACCCAGUUCGAAACAUGACGUUUGAGGGAGUUGAUGUGGAGAAGCCUGUUCAACGCGUUAUCGUCAACGUGGACUGUCAUCAUGGACAAGUUGUUCGGCACAACAUUUCCUGUCAAUUUAAUUCGAGCAGGCCCGCAUCCACCCCCCCACCUCCAUUCACUCCAGGUUCUCACUCCUCCAGUGGCAGUGUUGUUUGGCAAAGCAUUGUCGGUGCUCUUGCAGCUUUCGCAGGUGUGGCCGGUCUUGUUGUUGCCGUGUGGCGUUGUGGAGGCUGCAACAUCAAACGAAAGGAUGUUGCUGAUCCAGCUGUGGUAUACCAUGGAGCACCAACGUCUGAUGCCGCUGCAGCAGAGAUAGAGCAAGGCCAAGGCCAAUGAUUUCCUUUGUGUGUGUGUCUUCUCACAUACCCACAGUUGCCCUUGAACGCUGAUUUCUUCACAUACUGCCUAUACUAACCGCAUUCCUUUUAACAUUUGCACCAUUCUUUAAGCUACUCUGCACUUUCCCUUUUCUCUAUUACCAAGAUCAACAACUUCAAAUUACUUGCACUCAGGGCUCUAAAUUAACUGUUUUCAUCACCAGCCCAAAUGGCUAGUACUUACUAGCCAAACACACACUCACCAAUGGGUCAAAGUGUCUAAGUUGGUCUUUUCUACCAUCCAAACUGAAAUGUCAUCAGCAUUUGGCCAGUUGGCUGGUGUUAAUUUAGGCCCUUGCUCGCACUUGUACUCACACAGCGCAUGCUGUACUGCAAUUUGCAAUGCAGGAGUAGAUUAAUGGCCAGUCACAAGGGGGCAGGCUAGUGGUGAUCCUGAUCCUUGUCCUCCCAAACUGAGCCCUCCCAACUCCAACUCUUAUCAUGAGGGGCUCCGUCCUGAACCCUCUCAGUCUCAUUUCAGUGUCCAUAGACCAUCUUUUCUCACGGAGCACAUCAUUAAUGCAGUGGUUCUCAAACUGUUUUCUGCUGUGAGCCCAUUUUCGAAUCCCACCCUUCCACUCCCUACU